AUGGCCAACCAAAAUUUUUCCACUGACCUGCAGCAGGAAGUGACCUGUCCCAUUUGCCUGGACAUUCUACAGGACCCUGUCACCAUUGGUUGUGGGCACAACUUCUGCCAUGUUUGCAUCACUAAGCAUAUGGACGCUUCCAGGGAGUUCUUCAAAUGUCCCCUCUGCAACAGUUCCAUGAAGAAUGACGCAUAUGCUCCCAACUGGCAAUUGGAGAAUCUGGCAAAGAAAAUCGAAUCUCUGGAUCCCUCUGAGAUGCAGCCGAGAGAGGAGCAGCAAAGAUGUCCAACACAUGGAAAGGUGAUACAGUACUACUGUAAGGCAGAUGGGGAACUCCUCUGUGUGGUGUGUCUUGAUUCCAAGGAGCACAAAUUCCAUAAAACCAGCACAGUAGAAGAAGCUGCCCAGCAUCAUCAGGAGCAGAUUUGGAGGCAUUUGGAAGUCUUGGAGCAAAAGGAAAAGGAACUGUUGCAUUCGAAGAUUCAAGGUGAAGACAAGAUCACCAACUUCAUGGACCUGGUGGAGUCUGAGGAGCAACGAAUACACACAGAAUUUAAGCACCACCAGGAGAUACUGGAGGUUGAGAAGAACUUGUCCUUAUCCUACAUCAAGUGGCUGGAGAAAGAGGGUAACAGGGAGUGUAAAUGCUAUAUCAUUGCCACGAGGGCCCAGCUCAGCUUGCUCAAGGAUCUCAAGGAUUUCCUGAAGGCCAAGCAGCAGAUGCAGCCUGUAGAGUUGCUACAGAACAUCAAAGGCACCAUGCACAGGUGUGAAGCGAUGCAAUUUCAGUUUCACAGCCUACCCGUGAUUCCUUUGGAGUUGGAGACAAAAGUCAGUAAGGCAAAGUCUAGACAUGAUUCCAUCAUCAAGAGCCUGUGGAAAUUUGGAGGUGCAGAAAAGGCUUUUGACAAAAUCCAACACUACUUCAUGCUAAAAAGGCUAAAUAAGACUCAGGUGGAGUUUGAGAAGCAACAAAUCCACAAAGAACUCAGGCACCCGCAGCGGAUACUGGAGGAGGAGAACUUCCUUCUGUCCUACAUCAAGUGGCUGGAGGAAGAGGGUGCCAAGGCAUGUGAACACUACAAUGCUGCCACACUGGCACAGCUCAGCUUGCUCAAGGAUCUCGUAGAUGCUCUGAAGACCUAG